CCCAUGAGGCCGCUGUCCCCGCCGCAGGCGCCGGCGCCCCCCUCGCGGUGCCCGUGGUGAUGCCAUGCCCCGCCACCUCGCGGGAGGAGAGGAGGGCGGUGCCGCCGGGCUCUGGGUGAGGAGCGGCGCGGCGGCGGCGGCGGCGGCGGGCGGGGGGCGCCCGGGCAGCGGCAUGAAGGAUGUGGAGUCCGGCCGCGGCAGGGUGCUGCUGAACUCGGCGGCCGCCAGGGGCGACGGCCUGCUGCUGCUCGGCACCCGCGCGGCGGCGCUCGGCGGUGGAGGAGGAGGAGGCGGAGGAGGCGGCGGCGGCGGCCUGAGAGAGAGCCGCCGGGGCAAGCAGGGGGCCCGGAUGAGCCUGCUGGGGAAGCCGCUCUCCUACACCAGCGGCCAGAGCUGUCGGCGCAACGUCAAGUACCGGCGGGUGCAGAACUAUCUGUACAACGUGCUGGAGAGACCCCGCGGCUGGGCGUUCGUCUACCACGCGUUCGUUUUUCUCCUUGUAUUUGGUUGCUUGAUUUUGUCAGUGUUUUCUACCAUCCCUGAGCAUACAAAAUUGGCUUCAAGUUGCCUCUUAAUUCUGGAGUUCGUGAUGAUCGUUGUCUUUGGCUUGGAGUUCAUCAUUCGAAUCUGGUCUGCAGGUUGCUGUUGUCGUUAUAGAGGAUGGCAAGGGAGACUGAGGUUUGCUCGAAAGCCUUUCUGUGUUAUAGAUACCAUUGUUCUUAUUGCUUCAAUAGCAGUUGUUUCUGCAAAAACUCAGGGUAAUAUUUUCGCCACGUCAGCGCUCAGAAGUCUCCGGUUCCUACAGAUCCUGCGCAUGGUGCGCAUGGACAGAAGGGGAGGCACUUGGAAGUUGCUGGGCUCCGUGGUUUAUGCUCACAGCAAGGAAUUAAUCACAGCUUGGUACAUAGGAUUCCUGGUCCUUAUUUUUUCAUCUUUCCUUGUCUAUCUGGUGGAAAAAGAUGCCAAUAAAGAGUUUUCUACAUAUGCCGAUGCUCUCUGGUGGGGCACGAUUACACUGACAACCAUUGGCUAUGGAGAUAAAACGCCCCUAACUUGGCUGGGAAGAUUGCUCUCUGCAGGCUUCGCACUCCUUGGCAUUUCUUUCUUUGCACUUCCUGCUGGCAUUCUUGGCUCUGGUUUUGCGUUAAAAGUGCAGGAACAACACCGCCAGAAACAUUUUGAGAAGAGAAGGAACCCAGCUGCCAACCUCAUUCAGUGCGUUUGGCGUAGUUAUGCAGCUGAUGAGAAAUCUGUUUCCAUUGCCACCUGGAAGCCACACCUGAAGGCCUUGCACACCUGCAGCCCUACCAAGUAG